GCCGCUACCUUAUUUUGAUACAAGCCAAAGGUGCAGUUUCCGUUUUCUAAUAUGAUGUAGGCGUUCUCUGCUAGCUGCGUUUGCGCGCUAGCAACUCAGUUAUCGGAGUACCUCGGCGUAGUGGUCUAUUAUUACCGCCGAGGUGUUUGAGUACCCAGUGAACGUAAUCCUCUGCCGCGUGUGACAAACGUAACAUUUGAUUCAGAUGCGGUCGAAGUGGCGGACAUGAAAUGCAAAUGUACCUCUGGUGGAUCUCGACGGACGCGCCGAGAUCCUGGUUAGCGGAGUACCAGCUGCGACGGAAGGCCCCGAUCGGUGAUGGAUUAUUAAACAACCACCGGAGGAAGCUUCGGCCGCGCUUUCCUGAAAGAAGGGUCGCUGAUCGGCCUCUUGCAGCGCUGUACUUUAACUGCGCCUAGGCCAAUGCCGCUGCCGUCAGUGUGAACUUCAGUCACCGCAGAUGGACCAAAGUACCGGAGAACAGGCUCUGACGUGAGUGGAAAUUUGGGAACAAUAAUAGGUUGAAGGUCGAGCAGAGGCGUGUGCGCAGUCUUGGCAGAAGAAAGAGUGAUGGACGAGGAGCUGUCGAGCAGCUGAGCGCGGGCUGCAACACCGACCUUAAGGGGAUGGAGAGCGGCCGGCCACAGGUGGUGUCCGUAGGUGGUUCAUGGCUUCCCGCGCCGCGGGGCUUUCUUCUCCCGCUGGGAACGGGCAUCACGUUCGGCUUCGGCUGCGCCUACCUUCUUCUAAGCGUCCUCUCCCUCGACCACCCCGCUGUGGCGCCGUGGCUGCUAGCCCGCAGGAAGCCCAACUCCUUCUUGUCAGCCACCGGCCCCCACUCUGACCACUGGGAGGACGAGGAACCGCAGGCACCGGAGGUUCCGCUGGCCGGACACGGACCGGACGAUGAGUUCCACCACAGCGGGGAGGACCGCGUGGCCGAAGAGUUGCGUCGGCAGGUGCGAGUGCUGUGCUGGGUCAUGACGCAGCCGCGUAACCACGCAAAGAAGGCGCGCCACGUGAAGGCGACAUGGGGCCGCCGCUGCAACACGCUGCUCUUCAUGAGUACACAGACGGACCCGCAGCUGCCUGCCGUGGCACUGAAUGUGACCGAGUCACGGAACCACCUGUGGGCCAAGACGAAGGCGGCGUUCGACUACGUCGCGCGACACCACAUGCAUGACCACGACUGGUUCCUCAAGGCAGACGACGACACGUACGUGGUACUGGAAAACCUGCGGUACUUCCUGCAUGGGAAGAACGCCUCCCAGGCUGUGUACUACGGCUGCCGCUUCAAGCCGUACGUCAAGCAGGGUUACAUGAGUGGCGGCGCAGGCUACGUGCUCAGUCGCGAGGCGUUGCGCCGGCUGGCCCGACGGCGGCCGCAAGACGGCUGUCGCGCCGAUGCUGGUGGUGCCGAAGAUGUCGAGAUGGGUCGAUGUCUGCAGCGGCUUGGCGUUUCCGCGGGUGACUCGAGAGACGCAGUCGGCAGAAAUCGCUUUUUCCCGCUCGUGCCCGAGAGCCACCUGAUACCUGGGCAGAUGCCCAAAGACUUCUGGUUCUGGUCCUACACCUACUACCCAGUCAAGGAGGGUAUGGACUGCUGCAGUGAUACAGCCAUCUCAUUCCACUACGUCAGCCCUAACAUGAUGUACGUCAUGGAGUACCUUGUUUACCAUCUGCGACCGUACGGCAUAGACACCAGUAUACGCCUAAAGGCUCCAGGGAAACAGAGUGCAACCAACUGGACUAAUGUGUCAUGAUCAGUCGGAAAUUCUUAAACCAGGCACUCCGCGCUGCUGCACUAAGUCAUCAUUCAUAUACUUCAGUGAUGGUACUCUUCUGUGCUCAAUGUGCAGGCAACACUCGUCAAUGUGCACUGGAGCUGUGACAACAUGAAACUAUUGUGUGUAGAUUCCGAGUUGUAGCGUUAUACGAAGAUGGUGGGCUUGAAGCUGAACGUAGGGCUAUGGCUUUGUUCAACUCAAUCCUCUGCAGUGCAUUGUAAAUGUAGAAUAUCUAAUGCUACUAUUCACUAUGUGUGACUUGCCGAUGGCUGAGCUGCCCAUGAUGCGAACAUAAUAGACAUAAAACAAAUUUGAAUGAUCGAAUUCCUAGUCACUACAUGGGUAAUCAGGCUUGUGGUCUUAUCUGUAGUUGGGGCAUUUACUUUCCUGUAUGUUUCGUUGUGAUCUCAGAAUAUCGCUAAAGAAGCUGUGUUGAAUUGAUCCAUGGUAACUGUACAUGUAGCAAAGUGCCAUACCUAUGCAAAGUUCACCGGAACUGCUACAAAGGGACAAAGUUGAUAGUGUCCUUUUCCUAAAGCUUACGGUAAAAUAAUUUUAAGGUAUUUGGUAACAUAAAAGUUAGAAGUUAAUUAUCUAAAAGUGUUAUAUGCUCCUUGGAAUGCGACAUCGUCAUAUCAGGACAUAACGACAAGGAGCCAUUUAGGAGCCUUAUUUUUGAACAAUUUUGCUCAAGAGGGUGAGUUUGCGAAUGUUUUCAAUAAUGGGCAUUUUAUUUUUGUCUCGGAAAUAAAGGAGGAGUUGCUGAAAAGGUU